CUUGCGUCUACAACAGGCUGCCUGCUACUGAACAACAUAAACGGCUGCAGUAUUGGGCUUGUUUUAAUGUUGUAUUCAAUGCUCUGCCCUGUAUGGAUAUAAGUGGACGUUUAUCGGGAGUAUUGCAUGAUUAUAGAGACAUGACAACACGCGUGUCUUCAGCUACGUGCGUCAUCGGAAACCCUACAGCAUCCAUCCCAGCCCUUCGGGUGUCUUCGUGUCGUUGAACAACGGAGAGAGUGGGGGGAAGAAGCUAAGGGAUCACUUAAAGAUCGAUUUAAUUGUUCCCAAUACAUCGAUCAAUCAGUCCGUCGCCCAGUUCUUCCAACCUCAAAUGACCUCUGGGCGCAGACUCGCGCAAAUCAGCGUGCGCGUGGCGAUGUUGAGCGCGAUGCGCAUUCGUGCGGGUCACUAGCGUUGUCAUAAAACAAGUGUGGCGGCGGUGACAAGUCGCACGCCGUCGUUGAAGCAAUGCCAGGCGUAACAAAGUACAAUUUAGUGGACGAUGUACACGAUUUGAGGAUCCCCAUGCACAACGAGGACGUGUUUCAACAUGGGGUGUGCUUCGAGGCGAAGUACAUUGGCAGUUUGGAGGUGGGUCGGCCAGGCAGCCGAAUGGAGAUAGUAGCUGCAAUGAGGAGAAUACGGUACGAGUUCAAACUGAAGAACGUGAAGAAGAAGAAGGUCAACAUCAUCGUGUCGACGGACUUCGUCCGGGUGAUCUUGCGUAAGAAGAGGAAGAGGAAGGAGUGGUCCUGGGACGACAGCGCCGCCCUGGUGGCCCAGGACCCCAUCUACAGGAUCUUCUACGUGUCCCACGACGCUCAGGACCUGAAGAUCUUCAGCUACAUCGCCCGCGACGGCCAGAGCAACGUGUUCCGCUGCAACGUCUUCAAGUCCAAACGAAAGUCUCAGGCUAUGCGGAUCGUCCGGACGGUGGGCCAGGCCUUUGACGUGUGUCACCAGCUGAGUCUGCAGACGGGGGAGGAGGUGGAGGGAGAGGGGGAGGAGGGGGAGGAGGGGGAGGAAGGUGGACCAGCUGAGGAGCGCGUGUGUGAGGAGACUGACCCUGACGACGUCACCACCGAGGAGAGCCUGGAGGCGUCGCCCUCGGAGGCCGAGAGGCGCCGGCGGGACCACGGCCUCACCAACAACCUCCAGGCACCAACGGCCGCGCCCCUGCAGCCGGGCGCCCCCCCUGGCGCCCUGGCCGGGGGGGCGCUGAGCGGGGAGCUGUCCGGACCAGUGGAGCUCCAGCUGCUCCAGAGACAGCUGCAGCAGCAGGAGCAGCAGGCGCAGGCCGCCGCCGCCCAGGUGUGUGUGCUCCAGGACCAGCUGUCGGUGGAGGCGUGUGGGCGCGUGGAGGCCCAGGCGCGGGUCCAGCGGCUGCUGCAGCAGAACACUGACCUGCUGCAGCACAUCGCCCUGCUGGUCAAACAGAUCCAGGAGCUGGAGCUCAAGGCCGCCGGCCACAUGCACUCCAUGGGCUCCCAGGACAGCCUCCUGGAGAUCACCUUCCGGGCCCAGCCCGCCCACCUGCCCCCCUCCCCCUGCUCGGCCCCCCCCCCGGGGCCCCUCCACCUCCAGCUCCACCCGACCCCCCCCGCCACCAGCACCAGCAGCGGCGGCAGCAGCCCCUGGAUCUCCCCCCCCAGGGGCCCCCCCGCCCCCCCCAGGGGCCCGGCCGGCCCCGGGGGGGGCGUGCGGCUGGAGUGUUUCCGCUUCUCCGCCCGGGGCCCAGGGGGGCCCCUGGGGGGGCCGGGGGGGCUGGAGCUGGGGGAGACCCCCGGCGACGGGGCCCCCGGCCUGGGGGAGGACGGCUCCCCGCUGGGGGCCCUGGAGCUGCUGCGCUUCCGGGAGUCCGGGAUCGGCUCCGAGUACGAGUCCAACACGGACGACAGCGAGGACCGCGACAGCUGGGGGCCCGGGGAGGGGGGGGGCGAGGGGGGGGGCCCGGGGGGCGAGGGGGGGGCGCCGCUCGGACGCCUCGCCAACGUCCUCGACGCGGAGGGCCCGUCCGACAGCUUAGGGGACGACAUGGCGGUGUAGGGCCCCCCCCCCGUCCC